AUGUCUUCUGCGUUGACAGAAAUUCCCGAGCUACGAGAAGUCUCUUUGACACGACCAAUUGCUCCUCCUUCUCACCGAAUACGGCAAGAUCGGGACAUAGACGCGUGGAAGAAGACGACAGGCUACAAGGACUAUUGUUUAUGGGUCGUUCGUCUUAAUUCUUCAGUCAUCGGUCAAGAUAUUCCGACUGUGGCUGGCACUCCCAGGAGUCAGGCAGUCAAUAAGGUUGUCGAACUCUUAGACGAGCUCAAGAAAUGGGUGGAUGAGAUCCCACCAUAUGGAGAUAAACAACGCUUUGGAAACCUGGCUUUCCGAGAUUGGGGUAAACGAUUGCAAAACAACGCCGCCCAGCUAUUGCACAAGACACUCCCUCAAGAGUAUCAUCCCGCCAUUCCUCUGUUGAUGCCAUACUUUAUGUCAUCUUUUGGAGAUUUUACACGACUGGACUAUGGGUCUGGUCACGAGCUCUCGUUUGCAGUCUUCUUGAUGGGCCUGACACUUGUGCGCUUCUUCAAACCCACACCAGACGAGGAACGCCACCUUGUCGUCACUGUCUUUGGCAAGUACUUGGAGGUUACAUGGUACUUGCAGGACGUAUACCGUCUCGAGCCUGCAGGGAGCCACGGUGUCUGGGGGUUAGACGACUAUCACUUUCUUGGCUUCUUAUGGGGUAGCGCCCAGCUGAGAGGUCAGAGUUCCAUCGCGCCCUCGUCGGUGCUCAACCCACCUCUGUCGCCGACCAACUUGUACAACAUGCAGGUUUCGAGAAUCUAUCAGCUCAAGAUUGGACCCUUUUUUGAGCAUUCGGCACAGCUGCAUGCGAUUGCGACGGGCGUGCCCAACUGGGACAAGGUCAAUGCGGGAAUGCUCAAGAUGUACGAGGCGGAGGUGCUGAACAAGCGCGUAGUCGUACAGCAUCUUCCCCUCGGCGGACUGCUGGCUUGGGACUAG